CACAUGAAAUGAAUUUAACAGCGAAUGAAAAACAUCCACAAACUUGCAAAAAGGAAGUAAAACAAGAAAGAAGGAUCCGAGACAAUGGAGAGAAGCCUUUCAGAUCAACUGACUGUGAAAAAGCAUUUUACAAGAAAAUUAAUCUCACAAGUGAUAUCACAAAUCCUACCAGAGAGAAAAAAUUCAUGUGCAAUGACUGUGGGAAAACGUUUUCCCAGAAAAAUACUAUUAAAGUUCACAUGAAAUUCCAUACUGGAGAGAAGCCAUUCAUGUGUAAGGAAUGUGGGAAAGCAUUUCCCAGGAAAGAUUAUCUUACAGCUCAUACGAGAAUCCAUAAUGGAGAGAAGCCAUAUAUGUGCAAGGAAUGUGGGAAAGCAUUUCCCAGGGAAGAUGAUGUUACAGCUCAUAUGAGAAUCCAUAAUGGAGAGAAGCCAUUCAUGUGCAAGGAAUGCGGGAAAGCAUUUUCCCACAAACCACAUCUUACAAGUCAUAUUAGAAUCCAUACCGGAGAGAAGCCAUUCAUGUGCAAGGAAUGUGGGAAAGCAUUUUCCUACAAAUCAAGUCUUACACAUCAUAUGAAAAUCCAUACUGGAGAGAAGCCGUUCAUGUGCAAGGAAUGUGGGAAAGCAUUUCCAAGGAAAGGUAAACUUAAAAUGCAUAUGAGAAUCCAUACCGGAGAGAAGCCAUUCAUGUGCAAGGAAUGUGGGAAAGCAUUUUCCCACAAACCACAUCUUACAAGUCAUAUGAGAAUCCAUACCGGAGAGAAGCCAUUCAUGUGCAAGGAAUGUAGGAAAGCAUUUUCCCACAAAUCACAUCUUACAACUCAUAUGAGAAUCCAUACCGGAGAGAAGCCAUUCGUGUGCAAAGAAUGUGGGAAAGCAUUUCCCAGGAAAGUUUAUCUUACAGCUCAUAUGAGAAUCCAUAAUGGAGAGAAGCCAUUCAUGUGCAACGAAUGUGGGAAAGCAUUUUCCCAAAAACCAAAUCUUACACUUCAUAUGAGAAUCCAUAAUGGAGAGAAGCCAUUCAUGUGCAAAGAAUGUGGGAAAGCAUUUUCCCAGAAACCAAGUCUUACACUUCAUAUGAGAAUCCAUAAUGGAGAGAAGCCAUUCAUGUGCAAAGAAUGUGGGAAAGCAUUUUCCCGGAAACCAAAUCUUACUCGUCAUAUGAGGUCGCAUACUGGAGAGGAAAAAGAAACAACAUGAUAAAAUAAACCAGUUAAGGGCAGAGAAAUCUCACAACAUACCAACUAUAUGACAGAUGAAAAUCACUCAUAAAAUCUGCUCAAGAAAAUAUGGAAAAUAAAGAAAAAAUACAGAAUAGGGGAUGAACAAGUGAGUGGAAAACUGGCAGAACACUAAGCCAAUAUAAAGACCCUAGCUUCACAAAUCGGAAACAAGCAACAGAAGAUAAAAGUAAAACAGAUAAAUAGGCAGUUUGGUGAAAAUCCAAAGAUUGUGUAUAGGAAGAUGACGAAAGAAACAGUGGAGGUAUGAACACAACUUAACAAGGAAGACCUAGAGAGAUUUUGGAAGCCACUGUUUGACAACACCAAGAGAAUUCAUGGAUAGACACUAUUAGGCAGAAGAACAGCUAGAAACUGCAAAUGCCACCAAUAAAGUUCACCAUAGAAAAAGUAACAAAGAAAAUAAAAGAAUAUAGUAAUUUCAAGACACCAGGAAUAGACUACACCACAUUUAUGCGCAAGCAUUCUCAAGAAUAGUAAGAGGAGGAGAAGAAUCACUUGAGUGGAUUACAACAGGAAGCACUAACCUUCUCCCUAAAAGCUCCGAGGCUGAGCUCCCUAAGAAAUAUAGGUCCAUCUGCUGCCAACCAACAGCCUACAAAUGGCUAACAGGAGUCAUAGCAGACGAGAUCUGUGAACACCUAGAUCAAGUCAAAAUAUAUGGAAAAAUAACGAAAAAGAUGUACAAGAAACAAACUAGGCACUAAAGAUCAACUGCUAAUACACAAAACAAUAUUAAAAGAUUGUAAGAAAAAGCAAAGGAAUCUUAAUAUGAUAGAUUACAAGAAGGCAUUUGACACCGUGCUGCGCACCUGGAUAUUCAAAUGUAUGGAAUUAGACAUCAAUGAGGAAAUAAGAUCUUUCUUGGCAGCACAGAUGAGUAAGUGGAAGACCACUCUUUGUCUAAAACACUUUGAGGGUCAGAUAGUAAUUCCAAUCAUAAAGAUCCAAAGAGGAAUAUUCCAGGGUGACAGCCUCUCACCACUUCUCUUCUUCUUGACCAUAGAUCCGCUUAGUAAAAUCUUGAACAACAUAAACACUGGCUAUGACCUAAGCAAAAGCAGAAGCAGAAGAGAGAAUGAAAGAGUGAACCACCUGCUCUUCAUGGAUGACCUGAAGUUAUUUGCAGAUUCAGAAGAAAAAUUGGAAGAAUUAGUUAUAACAGUCCACCAAUAUGCAUGGAAUUUGGGUUGGACAAGUGUGUCAAGAGUACAAUAAAGAGAAGGAAGAAAGUAACAUCAGAAGGCAUAAAGGUAGAGGAAGGCAUGUUUGUUGAAGACCUGGCAGAGGAAUCUGCAUAUAAGUACUUGGGAAUAGAAGAAAACAGUGGUAUAGAACACAAUUAGGUGAGAGAAAAGAUAAAGAAAGAAUAUAUCAGCCACUUAAAGAAUUAACACCAAAGAACAAGAUCACUGCCAUAAACCAGCUGGCAAUACCAUUGGUGCCAUAUGGUUUUGGCAUUGUAGACUGGCCACAAGGUGAGUUAGACAGGAUGGAUAUUAAAUCCAGGAAGAAUCUCACCCUACAUAAAGUCACGUACAGACACCAGUGUAUGGACAGAAUAUACCUUCCUCGCAGAGAAGGUGGAUUAGGCCUGACUGAGAUCAACCGGGCCUACAGAGCAGCAAUAGUAAGUAUAGGGCAGUACUUAAAAAGCUCUGAAGACGAAAAUAUCAAAAAGGUUGCCCAACACCAUAAUGAAGCCCUGAGCCAACUAACAUCAAUAACAAAACUGGCCAAGAACUUUGCAGGAAGAUAUAUAGAAGGAGGUGCUGAGACCUGAUAUUGUGAUCUGGAGCAAGGAGGAAUAAACAGCAAAGGUUAUAGACGUGACAGUACCCAGUGACUUUGGCCUCAAUAGAGCUGAAAGGGAUAAAACAACAAAAUACCAAGACCUGAAGAAUGACCUGAAAAGCACAUGGGAACUGAAGGAAAUAGAAAAAAAUACCUUUGGUGGUAGGAGCAACAGGACUUAUAAAGAAAAAUCUGAGAAAAUAUCUUCAGGGUACACGAAGUUACCCAGUAUAAAUGAGCUGCAGAUUGCUGCCCUCAAAGCAAUGGUAAACACCUUGAAACGAGCCCUUGGAUAUAAGGCUAGUGGAAUUUAGAGGUGCAACUAUAGACCCAAGGCUGGGGCCCAUUGCACCUCUGAUAUAAAUUGAAAAUUAAGAAAAACAAGCCAGAGAGAAACCAUAUAGUUGCUCUAUAUGUCAAAGAAGUUUUUCUUAACCAAGUCCUCUUAAAAGACACGAGAAUUCACACUAGACAGAAACUGUUUACUUGAUCUCUGUCCAAGUAGUUUUUAUUACAUGAUUUUAUUUAACUUGACUUCUGAGUCUGUUUUGAAUGAAGGUGUCUCAAAAGGUGUGUGAAAACCCAUGCUAGAAAGAAGUCAUAUCCUGUAUCUGCACUUGGUUUCCAAGAAGUCUUUUUUUCAUUAGGUUCAUCUUAGAAUGAAUGUGUUAGCUCGGAAGAAAGACGUCAUUUUUCCACUCGAUGUUGAAACAGUUUUCUCUUGUAGAUUCAUAACAUAUGUGAGUACUUAUGUAGGAUGGAUAUUGUUCUUUUACACUGCUUGUUGUACUUUUGUCUUGUAUUCUGCAAAUCAAAGUUAUUGGUUCUGAAUGCCAGACUGUUUUUCAGGUGUCAGAAUGCACAAAGUCACUCAUCAGAGAGGAUGUUCAGUUGCACUGACAGAUUUUUUAAUGUUUUGCACCCCAAAGUAAGUUGCACUUGAUGUGGAGAUAAUUGUUGUGAACUUGUCUGCAAAAUCUGUAGAAAAAAAAGGCAACAGUAACCUAAGGGACGAUAAAAAGAAAAACUUUAUUUAUAUUUUUAUGGUGCAAUUCAUGACCAUACUCAUUGCUGUUACUCAAAGAAGAGAAGGAGAAUGUGGAGGAGGGUCUCACUGAAAAUGCAGAUGAAGGCUCUUCAUUUCCAGUCUUUUUUAGAAGUCA